AUGGAGCGGGAAGGCAGGAUGGACGGACCCUACCGGCGGUUCGGGGAGUACCCCGGGCCCAGCCACCACAUCGAACGGCCGGUUCCUUAUGAACUAGACGAAAUUCCCCUGACGGUUGUCCUUGGUGCGGCGUUCGGCGGAAUGAUAUUGUUCAUCGUGGUGGUGUACUGCUGGUGGAGGUGUUAUCUGUUGUCAUGGAAACGCAAGAACCUCAGUCCCGACAGCACCCCUCCCUCCUCCCCAAAGGACGCCGGGAACGAGGACGGCGUCAAGAUCAGCCUCUCGUCCCCAGACAUACCCUCGGAGUUCGGCAGCCAGGAUAGCAUGGCGGGCCGGGACGGGAAGCGGCUCGUCCGGCAAACCACCGAGCCGGUGGCCUCGGACAGGCACACGUCCUUCCGCCGUAAGAUGGUCGAUCGCCACAUCAACUUCACCAGCGUAGAUUUCACAAUCCAAAGCGUGCGGCGAAAAGAGCAACCGCCGGUGGGCCAAAUCCGUCCGGAGUUGUACAAGCAACCUGCCGUAGAAAAUCUCCUAAAGGCCUCGGCUAGCGAGGGAGUGCAAGAGAAACCCUUACAUCUUACCGUAUCAGUCCCAGAGCAAGCCUCCAGGAGCAGUAAAGAUAAGCCGGAGAAGGUUGACCUUGGUGAGAUCAUGUUCUCCCUGUGUUACCUGCCGACAGCGGGCCGACUGACCCUCACUAUCAUCAAGGCCAGGAACCUCAAGGCCAUGGACAUCACCGGCACUUCCGAUCCUUUCGUGAAGGUGUCCCUGAUGUGCGAAGGGAAGAAGCUGAAGAAGAGAAAAACGUCCGUGAAGAAGAACACGUUGAACCCCGUGUGGAACGAGGCUAUCGUGUUUGACGUACCGCCUGAGAACAUGGAUCAAGUCAGUCUGCACGUGUCUGUGGUAGACUUCGACCGCGUUGGUCACAGUGAGCUGAUCGGGAUGUGUGACGUAGGGCAGAACUGCGCAGGCCCGGGGCGGGAGCACUGGACGGAGAUGCUGGCCAACCCGCGCAAGCCCGUGGCUCAGUGGCACCAACUAGCGGACGACGGCAGUCCUGCAUCCGGAAACCACGUCUCGCCUCCGCCAAACAACACAUAAUCUUUGUACAG